AUGGGUUCAGCGCUCCAUGGUGUAUCUCUGCCCUCCACUUCGCUGCUCGGUCUGCGGCCCACUUCAAAGAUGGUAGAGCAGCACGCCGGCGUGGCCAGGGAGAAGAGUGUCAGUUAUCAACACCAGCAAACCAAUAGGAACCCCAGUGGAGAAGACACCACACUCGCCGAUGUAGUCAACUCGCUUGCGCGUCGGGGCAGCGAUGACCUUACGACCUCCCGGGUGUCCGAUACUGACUAUGCUACCCUGUUCGAGUGGAUUCGGUGCGAGAGGAUGAGGAAGCUACCGCCCGAAGGGAGCGGGUACGACAAGGCCCUUGUGUGGGCGGCCCUGUUCAUUGAGCGUGUACAUUCGUUUGAUUUAGCGAUUGAGCAAUUUGCCGGGGACAGCCACCUCGCUGCCCAAUUAUCGUAUGGAUACUGUGCCAGCCUGCUCGAGUUGGGCGAGGAAAAUGCCCUUGCCCUUAUGGACCUAUUUGGAUUUUUCUACCGCUGCUCUUCUGGUCUCGGCAACCUUCUCGAUCGUGCAGAGCUCUUUGUGGUCUCUUCAGAUAUCAAGGACCAGCUCAUUCUUGCGUUAGCCGAUCUAGUCACUCUCGUCGUCUGUGUGGCUACGCACUUUCAUCGGUCGCUCCUUGCCUCGGAAUCGGUGUCAAUUAAUAUCUAUAGCACCUUCCCCGGUCCGAUCGACAGUUUUCGCGGUCGUUGUGAGCACAUUUCAGAUAUUAUGUGGCGUCAUCAAUUGACGCGAGAGGGCCUUGAAGGAGAUAAAGCCGUCGGAAUCAAUACCCUGAAAGACUGGUUGCAGCCCGAAGACCCGGUGGUUGCCCAUAUCACUGAAGCCACGGCUCCCUCAGGCCAGAAGCGCGAGGAGGCCACUUGCAUGUGGGUGAAGCCAUAUCUGAUGCGCUUCUUAAAAGGCGAACAGCAGGUGCUUUCUAUCGCCGGCAAGUCGGGCUCCGGCAAGACGGUUUUGUCGACUGUGAUCAAUGAUUAUCUGCAGUAUCCCGUAAGAGGAACUAGAUAUAUGUCAAUAUUGGCACCUAUCGAUGGUCGGAUCCCUGCCAACACGACCCCGGGCGCCGUCGCCAAGACGAUCAUGUCGCAAAUGUUUAGCAAGCGCAUUGGCAACCUGCAGUUGUAUCAAAUCUUGGCCGAGGCUUACAACCAGAGCAAGCGGACUGUAGACGAAGAGUCGUACGACGAUCUUCUAUGGAAUGCCCUGGGGCGUGCUCUCCAGACCAGUGGGGCGGGUGCUAGAGAGCUAGUUCUAGUCGUUGACGGCGUCGAUGAGGCCAGCUGUGGGGAGACGACCCUGUCGCACCGGCUUCAUGAAGCGGCAUCCAAGUCCCCCAAUGUGAAGCUGAUUACACUCGCCUCCAAUCCAGUGGACUCGGCCAUCUCCCAGACGGUAGUGCGAGUCAGGCUAGGCUUAAUCUUCGAUGACAUUGCCGCCGUCACCCGCAAACUCCUUCACCAGAGUCAUGCGUACAACAACAUGUCUGACGAGGACAAGGAGGUGACCGUGGCUCGGAUAACGGAAGCAUCGGACGGCUCCUUCCUUUGGGCCAAGCUGGCCGCCAAGCGAGUGCGCGAUGAGCACCCGUCGAACGAGGCCGAGCUUUCCAAGUCCGUGGAAAGUAUCGUCCGGGCAGGACAUAAGGUCCCAGAUCUGAUCUCCCACACCUUACAGUCCAACCUGGAUGAGGAUACGAAGAAGAUUUUGGUCUGGCUGGCCACUGCGAACCGUCCCCUCGCCCAGCAGGAACUGGCUGCUCUUCUCUCCACCCAGCCUGACAAGGCGGCCCUUGCCAAGUCUCGCGACAUUGACCUCCCUCAGCUACUGAAGCCGGUCGCCUCCCUAGUCUUCUUCCACAACAACCUGGUCUAUCCUAGGCACGCACAGGUGCGCACUGCUAUCCUCGAUGUAUUAUCGAAAGGGAAAUUCCUUCCCGCGAUCAAGGACAGGCAUGUGGAUUUUGCACAGAGACUCCUCCUGUACGCAAAGAAGACUGCGACCGAUAGCCAUGGGCCCUCCUUGGAUCCGCUGAAUGGGCGGGUGACAGAAGACCUAUUGAAGAAACAUCCUCUGUUGGACUUUGCGCUUCGUUACUGGACAGGCUAUGCGAAAAUUGCUUUUGGAUGCACCACCAACCAAGAGAUCACUAUCGCAAGCAAGAGUUUGCGAUCUGUUUUCCCCACAAGCUCCUCUGUGCCACUCCUGGAGAUGACUCUGUGGGAAAGCAAGGCGACUCCGUUGCUUCGGUCCAUUUAUGAGAUUCAGACAACCCUGUACCGCCAAAUAUUGAACAAUAACCACCCAGCUACUCUGCAGGCCAUAAUCUGCCAGGCACUAUUUUACCGACAGAUCAGCAACAGCGUCCCUGCGGAGAGCAGUCGGAUCUUUUACGAGGCGGCAACAAUCAGCCAGAAGGUGUUAUCUGUACGGCAUCUCAUCACUAUGCAGAUGGCCCAGUUCUUCCUGGACGCCACCGUUGAUAAGAUCACUGAGUCUAAGACGGAAGUUAUGACGCGGCGCAUCCAAAUUCUCCAGCUGCUGGUGGAAUGCCAGAAGGUUCACCACGGAGCGACAAGUAGUGUGGUCAAAUCCACGUUGACGAAGUUGUCCGAGCACUAUACUCUCACCAAGGAGGACCGCAAAGCACAGGAGAUUAAGGAAUCUCUGGAGGGGUCCUUCAUCAAUAGUACGACCCAGCGGAGGGGGUCUCUGCAGAUGGACGAGUCAUUGCUGGUCCACCUCCACGGCCCCAAACACAGGAUGGCAGAGGCAACCACUACCCUGGAUUUGACUGGGAUAGAGGCGGACGAGUUGAUCACAUUUUCUUUUGACGUAAAGACCCUCCUUACCAAAGCCGAGAGACAGAGGGCAGAGGGUCACUUGGCGGACGCCGAACGCACCUACGUUGAGCUAUGGCAGCAAACUAGCGAGGCAUACCGGCUCAGUCACUCCACUGAGCACAAGGUCUCAAUUCUGCGCACUGUACUCGAGUAUUCUAAAUACCUCAAAGGCCGGAAGAGGGACAAUGAAGCAGCCUCUAUCCUUGCCGGUGCUUGGGAAGAGUACGAGAAAACCACCUCCAGCGCGGAACCCUUGGUGUCCGAGUUGCUUGAGCUUGCUCAGGUCAUGAAGUCCGUGGGACUGUCCGUGUUGGCCCUCGAAGUCUUCAAACACUGCGCACAAAGUACUAGCAGCCAGAGUGCCACCCACAAAGAAGUGGAAAGGCAUAUUCAGUCCACUUCUCGGGAACUGAUAUCUACAAACUCUCUGUUGACGGAGUCAGCCCUGAAGGAAAUGGUUUAUAAUAGUUCAUCCAGUGACCACCAAAAUCUCACCAUAGCGACCACAUCGCUAGUCGAAAUGUACCUGUCUCAACACCGGUGGCAUGAUGCCACAACCGUGUUGAAACGAGUGUUGCGAGAUGUGUGGCCAUCGUUGUUUGCGGCCUCGAUCGAAAAGGUGGUCCUGCCAUCAAUUCAUGUUGAGUACUGCGUUGAUCUUGCAGAGCGCCUCGCUGGGUGCUACCGAACCCGCCGCCGCCUGGUAAAGGAAGAGAAUAUCCGGGCCCGGCUUUAUAGUGCAGUUCGACGCGAUCGGCAAGUGUGCGGAGAUCAAAUUUUGGAGCGAGUCACAGUGAAUCUUCUUCGUCUAUAUGAGCGUACUUCUCAGGCCGACAAAGUUAUCCACAUCCACCAGGAUAUGCUGGAUGAUUAUACCACGCGCUUCGGCGGGGAGCAUCCCACUGUGAUACAAAAGCUCUGGACCCUGGCCGAGCUGACAACCCCGCAACCCAUCGCACUGGAUUAUUAUCGCCAGAUCGUCCAGAUCCUGAGCAAGGACUCGGAAACCUGUCACCCGGAUGCCUUUGAGCCGCUCCUGAUCGUGGCGACGGAGCUCUUGAAGCAAAGUCGAUACGCGGACGCGCUGAAACCCUGCCGGAUGUUGUUCACUACCUUACAGAGCCCCCAGAUCAGCCAGAAAUUGCGGGAUCCGGGCUUUGUCCAGACCAUCUACCAACGAUAUGUUCAUUGUCUGCGAAUGACUCACAGUGACUCUACUACCAUUCAUGAUGUGACGGUGCAAUAUCGCAAAUCGUGCAUUAGCCUCUUCGGUGCGAGCGCGUCGAUCACCAUACAGGCAACCAACACGUUGGCAAAUAUCUGCCAAGAAUCCGAGCAAUUUGAAGCGGAAGCGGUCCAGCUAUACGAAGAGCUCUUGCAAAUCAAAUCCAGUGAAGUUGAAAUCGACCAUCAGGACAUCCGUGCCACCUUGGAUGCAAUUUACGAGCAGCAGAGUGCCGCCUUCACUACUUCAAAGGUGGAAAACAUGUCGACAAAGGAGCUACAGAAGUCUUUGUCCAUUCGUACCCAACGACUGGCGUCCAUCCGGUCCAGCUACGGAUGGGCCCACGAGGGAGCCCUAUCCCAGAUGGAAGAGAUCGUCUCACUCUAUACCAAACAAGGGAAGUCACAGGCAGCUGUUUCCCUGCUACAGGAAGCAGCAAUGCAAGUGCUAUCGACCGAGACAUUCUCUAUCAAGCUGAAUGCGGCGGCCAAGAGUAUUGCAUCUGGCUAUAUUGCAGCCGGUCAAAUUCAAAAGGCCAAGGAGCUCUCAAACAAGAUUUAUUGUCAUGUUAUUACCAAGGAUACCAAGGAUCCCAGUGCUUUUGGCCUUGAUCAGAGUUCAAAGGGGCGAUCGGGCAUUGCUUUCCUGGCUCAGUUCGAAUACAGCAUCCGGGAGUCCGAAGACAGCUCUACUACGUUGAACGAAAUCUAUGCCGCCCUGACCACGGAGUAUAUAUAUUUUGAACAGUUCCGGGAAGCCCUCAGCUCAAAGGCUGGCAAGCUCCAGGACACGGCGGCAACCGCGGCCCGUCUGCACGGCUUCUUGCUUAGCCGCGACCGUCAAUCCAAUGCCACUCAGGUGGCAGAUCGGUAUACCAGCUUCUUCCUGGCGACCGAGGGCUCCCGCCUGGAUAUCGGCCCUAACCAGGCUAAGGUCUUUAUCAAGACGGUCCUAGAAUAUUUUAGCACCCAUUCCUCGCACGACUUCAUGCGUUCAGUGGCUAUCGCUAGUUACAACCGCGCAGCCCAGCUGCUUCACUCCGAAGAUUAUCAGUCUGCCGGUCACAUCGCAUUGGCAGCGACGAAAUACAUUAAUUCCCACCAUGGCUACUCGUCCGAUGCGACACUCAAGCUGGUGUUCAAGCUGGGCCUCCUCAUGGCCGGCCGAGAGACUGACAAACGUCCAGCAGCCUCGGUCGAGAAGUACCUGCUGAGCGUGUCAGCGACGAUUCUUCAUGAUACCCUGGGGGAUUUCAAAAAGCACAACGUUGAGAUCGCACAGCUGCAUCUGGAACACGUCAAUAGCUUGAUCAAGGUUCUGGAUGAGCAACAGGAUUACCACACCAUGGCCUGGGUUCUCACCUCGCUGUGGAACAGCCGGGACGCCUAUCUGGCACAGCCACAGCAUGCAUAUACGCUUGCGCUCGGGCGUAUGCUCGUCAUUACCCGCUAUCUCAUCAGCGAUUACACCGCAGCUGUCCGGCUCGCGGAGGGUCUUGUCUACAACUGUGUUCGUGUCCAUGGACCCCGCCAUCCGAGUACGGUCGAGAUGACCGUCCUUCUAUCACAGAUGUAUACCAGCGUGGCUCAAGACUAUCAAAGCCAGAAAGGUCGGCGUAAGCUGGCCUACCAGUACUAUCGCAAGGCAGCCGCACUGCACGAGAAUGCCUUGCAUGUGUUCAUUGACCCGUCCUCGGUACCUGCCAGCGAUGUGGACAUGGAGGUCCUCUCGGGAAUCUCAUCCCCUUCACCCGGCUGCAGUCCGGGCGAAAACGCGGAAGAAGGGAAGCAUGUCCGACAGCAUUUGCAUAUGCUCAAACUUGCAGUUGAACGCCUUGGGGAUUGGCCCAAGGAAUACUCCGAAUAUGAACGGCUUAAUCAUGAUCUCUUUAGCACAUUCGCGAAUGACCUGCAAGGAGUGGAUGGUGUCGACAAAUGGAAUUUGCAGUCGUUUGGGUCCGGUCAGGCUGAGGCCAGUGAUGACCUUAUCUCCUCUCACCACGAGCACCUGGCAAUUCGUGUUUAA